AUCUUCGUGGCGGUGUAAAUUACCUUGCCUACGACUCACCACAGCCUAGAAUGAUGCCACAGUGUUUGGAUGAGCUUGACCAUGUAGAAGCAAUAUCGACCAUCUCACCUAGUAGAGUCUUCGGUCAGAGCUCAAAAUCCGCAUACAUUCCUUCCCAGGUCCGAUGGCCUGCCCUACGACAAACCAGAGAUCUGGUAACGAACUCUAGGCGUUGCCAAUGCCGAGGCCGACUCGAAGAGAGCAACUACUUACAGUGGCCAAUAUCUUAUCCCGAACACGAAAGCUGAUACAUGAAGAGAAUUGUCCAUUAGCGAUCACAGAGCAAGGAGUUACUAAUGUAUACUUGGGCAUUUCAGUAGGGAGCCGUUUUCUGGGAAUGGGUGUACAUAUUUCGGCAGCCCUUUCGCACCAAGCAGGGUACUUCUCACUUCGGCUAAGCCUGGUAUGUUAUCGCAUAGUCCCUGAAAACUCUCCUGCAUUCAGCUUUGUAAAGGAGAUAACGAGCUUUGAUGGGACUUUUAACCCAAUGAUUCGGGAAAUGGCCGCGCAGGGUCUGCUUGACUUGUUCCAAGCUAGAAAGGCUUCCCCGCACGAUCGCCUGUCGAACGGGAUGACUCUACUCCAUUAUAUCUGCAGCAAGAUCCCACGUAUGAGUGAGCGGUGGAGAUCACAGAUUCAAUCCUUGAUUUUGCGGCUUCUGCAACACUUCUCAGCAGAGAUACAAGAAAGUGAUAAUAACGGAUACACCUGUGCAGAUCAUCUUCUUGACGACGGAAGGUCGAUGAACCACACUGGCUGGACCCUUCUUGCUGCAAAACUGCUUGAACAUGGAUCUCAACUUUCCUUUCAGAUUCAUUACGAAAACUAUACCGACUUUUUUCUGUUCUGGGCGCUGAACGAGUAUCAAACAUUUCCUGACCCUGUGAUUUGCUCUACCGAAGGAAUAGAGAUGGUGCUACUGAGGUCAGAGGAAGGCCUCCGCAAAGUAAUCGAAAGAGACUGUGUGGACGGAUUUAUGGUUUCAGACGCAAACUUGGCUUUGUUCAUAUUAGCAACUAACAAAGGUUGGGAGAAUGGUUGCAGAAUUCUUCUCUAGAGCGGGUUGAGGAUACUUCCAAAUGCUUUCGAACAAGGCUCAGGAACCACUAACACAACACUCCUGGAAAGCGCCAUCGACUCUCCUGAACCAAAGAUUAUCAAGUUCUGGCUAGAU